CCAACUUCCUAGCCGGAUCUAAAGACAUCCCUUAAAGGAGCAACACCACGUCCUCCAACGCCUGAAGCUUGAAGCCUGACGACUUGGCAAGCGCCCGCACUCCAACACCCGCCAGACGCUCGAAAAUAUGCAUUCCCCAAUCCAACUCAUCGCCCUCGUCCUCGCGUGGUCAUCCUCCCUCGCCACCCUCGCCGUCGCGGUGCGCACUGGACCCAACGUCGCCCACCCACCAGUGCACGCCCUCGCCCAGCGCCAAGACUCAUCUAGCACAACCGGCUCAGCUUCCAGCGCGAGCGGGAGCACAACCGGGACCGGAACUGCAACAUCUUCGUCCUCGACGAACAUCGGUUCGCCUUCUGUGACGACGACGAGCUCGGCCAACUGGCCGACGCUGAGCGGGUACCCGACGUGUGUGACAAACUGCCUUCAGGAGGCUGUAUCGGCGGCCAACUGCUCAAGUAUCAUCGACGUCGACUGCUAUUGCAGCAACGCGGUCUUCGAGUCAACAAUCGUCGACUGCACCGCUCAAGGGUGCUAUUCUAGCGUCUCCUCCGCGGAAUCGCUUGCGCAGCAGUUCUGCGACCGCGCAACGUACAACGUCUCUGUAACAGCCACGGGCACCAGCUCCGCCUCGAUCUCGAUCUCAACUUCCACCUCCUUCUCGCUCACAUUCCCCAGCGCUACGCCCCCAUCGACGUCCGCGUCCGCGUCCGGGACCGGCAGCGGUGGCUCUUCGGGGUCAAGUCCGACGGGUUCCACGGGUGGAGCUGUCGCCCUCACGAAGGAUGUGACUGGGCUGAGCAUGAGCAUGGGUGUUGCGAUGCUGGGUGUUUUGGCUGGGGCCGCGCUGCUCUGAGCUCGAAGGUCCAAUUUAUAUCACCAUCUCUUUCCUGACGCUACUUCGGCCCGACAGCCUCUACAGAUAGACACAUGGACAGACAAACGGGGUGGGAUGAACAUUAUGUUCCGUGGCUCGACGAUCGAUAUCCCCGCUCUUCGCUACGGAUUUUUUCUGCGUUCUGGAGUGCAUAUACACAUACAUACUUACAACACGCACGACUGCACACGUAUAUACGAGUGUCGCGUACUGGGUACCGAUUUUGAAUACUGAUACUGAUUGAUUACCCACCUGGACUUUCAUACCUUUUUUCGUAUGUUUUAUUUUCGUUCAUUACCUGCAUUCAUUCCAAGGUUUUGUCGUUGCCAAGCCUACUGCGUCCCCGCCUUGAAUCAUAUUUGUUACUAGGUAUAGGUCA